CUAAGCGAAGGGGCGCAGGAGUCGCCAUUGUCACUCGGAACGGUACCAUAGAGUCCUCGUGGACAGCAAGCAUGCCUGUUCUAAAGGAAGCCAUGAGCAAGUUGAGUAUUAACAGCACUAGUAGCGCCGAUGACAGUGACCGAAAUGCCCUGGAAAUCGCUAACGAGGCCUGCGGAAUCCGCGAUGUCUGGGCAUGCAAUCUCGAAGAAGAGUUCUGCACCAUCAGGGACCUCGUCCAGAAGUACAACUACAUCGCCAUGGACACAGAGUUCCCAGGUGUGGUAGCGCAGCCCAUAGGGAAAUUCCGAAGCAUCACCGACUAUCAAUACCAGAUGCUGCGCUGCAAUGUUGACCUGCUCAAAAUUAUCCAGCUGGGUGUCACUUUUCUCGACGAAAACGGCAACAAGCCCAUAAAUUUCUCUACCUGGCAAUUCAACUUCAAGUUCAGCCUAGCGAAAGACAUGUUCGCACAGGAUUCCAUCGACCUGCUCAUCAACUCUGGCAUCCAGUUUAGCAGGCACGAGACGGAAGGCAUAGACCCGUACGAGUUUGCCCAACUGCUCAUGACUUCGGGGGUGGUUCUCUCAGACGACGUCAAGUGGCUCACUUUUCACAGCGGCUACGAUUUCGGCUACCUGUUGAAGGUGUUGACCGGUGAGAACCUGCCUGCGGACGAGAACGACUUCUUUGAGCUGCUUCAACUAUACUUUCCAUGCAUAUACGAUGUUAAGUACCUUAUGAAGAGUUGCAGAAGCCUGAGAGGAGGCCUGCAGGAGGUGGCUGGGCAGCUCCAGCUAGAAAGAAUCGGGCCACAACACCAAGCAGGCAGUGACAGCUUGCUCACUGGUGCGGCCUUUUUCAAGAUCCGAAAGGUGUUCUUUCAAGACAAGAUGGACGACGAGAAAUUCAGCGGGUUCCUGUACGGUCUGGGCGCGUCGUGCAGCACAAACGAUAACCAAAUGUUCGAAGUCCAUGUAAACCCUAACCACGUGGCUCGGAUCCUAACGGGGACUCCUCCUACCGUCGUCUAUACCACACCCAUCACCAGGAAUUUUUUACCAUGACAACCUUCGGCAUCCUGCCACUACUGGACUCGCUUGCUCUUCACGAGCCCAGCCAUUCUGUGCAGACUCUUGAGUGCUCAAUUGGGACUGCUAGUGUGUGCGUGUGUUUAGUUUGCCUCUCGUUGUUUCUCCAUCCUUUUAUCUCCGUUAGUCUGCACGGUUUGCCUUCUUUCAUAAUAUCUUUCAACCUCUAUCAUUACUGUCAUGAGAAAAUAAAAUUGUUUGUUUUUGGAAU